UGGAGGAGGUGCUGCAACAACAAGGUGUGCGAGGAGCAGAAAUGUGAAGAGGAGGUGUUCCCUUUGGCCAUGAAUUACGUGGAUCGCUACCUGUCAUCUGUCCCCGUGCGGAAGAAUCACUUGCAGCUUCUGGGGGCAGUCUGCAUGCUGCUGGCUUCCAAGCUGCGGGAAACCAUGCCCCUUACUGUGGAGAAGCUCUGCAUCUACACAGACAACUCCAUCACGCCUCAGCAGCUCCUGGAUUGGGAGAUUCUGGUCUUGGAGAAGUUAAAGUGGGACCUUGUCUCAGUGAUAGCAAACGAUUUCUUGGCUCACAUCCUCCAUCACCUCCCGCUUCCUAAAGACAAGAUGGAGCUGGUGAAGAAGCACGCACAGACCUUCAUUGCCCUGUGUGCCACAGACUACACUUUUGCCAUGUACCCCCCCUCCAUGAUUGCGACGGGCAGCAUCAGUGCAGCAGUGCACGGCCUGAGCAUCUCCGUGAAUGGCUUUGGUGGGGAGGCGGUCACCGAGCUGCUGGCCGGCAUCACUGGCACAGAGGUGGACUGCCUGAAGGCUUGUCAGGAGCAGAUUGAGGCAGCUCUAGCCGAGAGCCUGAAGCAGGCAUCCCAAAGCCAACAGGAAUACAGCACCGCCAAGACUGCUGCUUACCCGGCCAGCCAGCCCACCAGCACCCCCACAGAUGUCACAGACAUCAACCUGUGACCAGCUGCCCCCGCCUGAGAGCUGCCCAUCCCCACGACAGCAGGACCCAAACCCAGGCACUCAGAGCUCACUGCGUCCCCUCGGCCCAUCCGAGAGCCCCUCCACCUGAAGCCUGUUGUGGGGAUUCGCUCUUCCUGCUGGCUCUGUGAGGACAGCUCCAUGCUCAUCCUUCUCCCCAUCUUCAGCGCCAAGGGGGGAACAGGGGGAGGGCGCCGGGGUCUCUGGUGACUCUGUGGGGCUCACUGCUGCUUGAACUCUGCUCGCUGGCUGCUGGGGGUGUGGGGGCAAGGUGGCCCUUCCGGGGGGGCAGGUUGCAGAAGAGCUGAGGAGGGGAACAGAAUCCAAAAGGAAAUGGUAAAAUGUUUGUUUGCUUUCCUUGUCCUCUGGCUGGCAGAUGUCUGCUGUGCUCAGGCGUGUUUACUGCAAUGACUUCCAGCCCUACAUGGGCCGCCAAUGCACAGCCAGCUCUCACCUGGCUUAAGUGACCAAAAUGUCCAUCACCCCCUCUCCGAGCACAGAGCGGGUGCUCGUGGGUCCCUGGGUCUGGGCUGCUGUGUGGUGGAUGGCUGUGGCUCUGGGGUGGCGUGGCUGCUUCUGCUUGGAGGGACGUGUGUGCCUUGUUCCUUGUUGCCAUUAGGUCUGGGAUUUGCGGGUUCUUGGCUUUGCUUGGGAGAAGCGCUCCCUUUUUUGCAUGGACGGCAGAGAAGUCCUCAUCCUGGGGACAGCCCUGGGGGGAGGAGUGGGUGCAGCGCGAUGCUGCAAUGCAAACCAGUGCAAAGUGCCUUGGCUUUCUGCUGCCCCACCGAGGCUGCUUAAUUUAUUGUUAAGUGCUAUGAAAAGGGGAGGGAGGAAGGCUGCUGCUCCAUGCGGUGGGGCCUGGAUGGCAGUCUUUUCUCCUUUCUAAAGUGCCUUUAUCCUUUGUCCCCUUCCUUUGCUCCCUGGGCAAUGGGAGACUCUCACUUGAAAGCUGGUUGGCUGUAUGUAGCUCAGAAGUCAGGCUAGAUUUAAAGAAAAGAAAAAAAUCACUGAAUGUGCUGCUAUAGUCUGAAAUGCAUUUUCACUCCUCCAAGCCAGGGAUCUCAGAUCGUGUCCAGGACGCUGUUCGGCAUCAAUACCCGUAUGGCUCUGAGCUGUGUCCUCACAGGGUAGAAAACUCACUGCGCACUUAAGUUGAACAGUGAUUGCAUUUUGUUGUUGUUCUUGUUGAUCCUGUCUGUUAGUUUUACAAAAAAAAAA